AUGUUUCGAUCGAUACCGACAGCAACAACCUGGGAGCAUGCAACAAGAAUCGCCGUCGACAGUCCACCACAGGAGCAGUACCACAUGGUACAACCUUACCCCGCCGUUCCUUUAGCAACAAGAGCCCCAAGGAAACAGCAAGAAGAAUGCGACAAUAUCCACGACAGGACCCCCCAUAGAAAGUCCACUACGGAGCCGUACCACAAGGUACAACCUUACCCCGUCGUUCCUUUACAAAAGAGCCCGAAGGAAGCAGCAGAAGAUGCCCAAUAUGACAAAAAGAGUCGUCGUAGAAAGUCCACAUCAGGAGCAGGAGCACUGCAAGAUCCAAUCACACCCCGCCGCUCCGCUAGCAGCAAGAACCUUAAGAAGCAGCAAGAAGAAUGCGCCAAUAUUGACGACAAGACCAGCCGCAGAGGAUCCACAACAGGAGCAAAACCACAAGAUACAACCUUACCCCGUCGUUUUUAG